AUGGUCGAGGCCAUAGGAUCGACUGUAAAGGACCUCGACCCCAUUCAAUUAGACAACAACGACCACGGCAAGAAAGCUUACAUUGGCUGCAAACUUCAGGAAUUGGGUACAUUUCGUGAAUUUUUAACUCCUAACGCGGACUUGUUUGUGUUUAGCCAUGCAGAUAUGCCAGUACGCGAAAAAUUAGAAACAUUGUUGGAAAAUGGCUCCGUGAGGGAGUCGAAGUACCCCCGAUGGGUCGCCAACGUAGUCAUGGUGAAAAAGAAGAACGACAAGUGGCGGAUGUGCGUAGAUUUCACUGACCUGAACAAAGCUUGCCCCAAAGAUUCAUUUCUAUUAUCUCAUAUCGACCAACUCAUCGACGCAAUGGCCGGGCACGAGCUACUAAGUUUCUUGGAUGCCUACUCGGGCUAUAACCAGAUCCUCAUAGAGGAAGAGGGCCAGGAAAAGACCACCUUCAUCACCCACCAGGGGACGUACUACUACAGGGUCAUGCCCUUUGGACUGAAAAAUGCGGGGGCAACUUACCAAAGGUGUCAUAAGUUCUUUGGCAUACUGAAAAAGGAGAACGACCUCCAAUGGAACUCUGAGUACGUCCAAGCCCUGAAGGAGUUAAAAGUGUACUUGUCCUCGCCACCGUUGCUUUCAAAACCAGAACCGAGACAACCCCACCUCGUCUAUAUCGCCGUGUCCGAAGUAGCUAUGAGCGCAGUUCUGGUCCAAGAAAAUAAAGGAAGGUUGGACAAAUGGGCCAUCGAACUGAGCGAGGACGAUAUUACAUAUCGGCCGCGAACGGCGAUAUGGUCACAGGUCCUCGCAGACUUUGUCGCCGACUUCACUGCAAAAAUAAUGCCCGAAGUCAAAAAAGAUGUCGUCCACGCUUCUGCCAAACACAAGACCUCUGGGUCCUGUACACCGAUAGAGCGUCCAACGCAUCAGGAUCUGGGCUGGGAUUCGUACUCGAAGUCCCAACAUGCGAAGUGA